AUGAACAGGGAGAACACCCUAAUGGUGGUCGAAUUGCUGCCUCGCACUGAAGAAAAAUUUCGUUUCUUAAUUCAAAAGUACUCUGAUAUACCUUGGCGUCCCACUUCAGGCACUUACACAGGCCUUCUGAGCGUCCAGGUCGAGUCUAACCAAAUGCUCGAACGGACUUUUGCUCCAGUUUGCAGGACUUCAGAAACAUCGUUUCCGUUUUCAAAUGACUUUUAUUCCACUGUGCCUAACGAAAGGUCAUUGUUGAAGGUUGUGUCAUCGCCGAAGUCUCCAACAGCCCCUGGAUUCCUUUACACACACUGGUUCAAAUUUUAUGUACUCGAUCCGAACUGCCUGCUCGUCAGGGCGCCAUCUGAACAAUGCCAACCGGGUUGUAUGGCCACUUUCACUGGUGAGCUCUGUUCUUUUUAUAGGUAA